GCUCAAUAUAGAAAGUUAUUAGUCACGAAUAGAGUAGAAGAAUUUGAUUUAGCUCAAGAAAAUAACUCUAAUAUAACAUCAGUUGAUAUUCUUGAUGCUAUAACGUUUGUAAAUGAAAAAAAAACAGGUAUUUUACCUAAUUUUGAAGAAAGUGAAUCUGAUCGGGAUCAAGAUGAUAUUAUUAAUGAUGAUAUAAAAAGAAUUGCUUUGGAAUUACAAGAUAUGAUUGAUAAAUUAAAUUUACAAGAUCCUAUUAUUGCUGAAAAAUUUAUCUAUAUUGACGAUGAAAUACCAAUAGAAGAAUUAUCAGAUGAAGAAAUUAUAGCUGCAGUAAAAUCAAAUCUUGAAAAAGACAAUAAUAUAGAAGAGGAUGAUGAAUUGGAAUUAAAUCUUAUUACUAACAAAGAAGCUUUAAGUAGUUUGGAAAAAGUAGUUCAAUAUUUCAAAAAUCUACCAGAUAAUAUUUCGAUUAAUUAUACGGAGUUGAAAGUUCUUAGUAGCUUAAAAUCAAAAAUCAACAAGAAUAUCCAAGAUAGUGCAAAACAAUCUACAUUAGAUAAUUUUAUGUAA